UCAAAAUUUGUUGAUUUGCCCCCGGCCCUACUUCCAAACAUCCUAAACUUGUGAAGCCUUGGGGCCAAGCUAUCUCCAAAAGCAUUUUUACGUCAGUCACAACUAUCUCUUCCCCGAUCAAUUACUGAAUCCCCUACUACGAAUCUCUGAACUACGCGAUGAGCGAAGGGGAUGACGCCGUUCGACGACGCAAUGCGCUUGCAGAGUAUCGCAAAAAGCUGCUUCAGCACAAAGAACUUGACUCCAGGCUAAGAACUGUAAGGGAGAGCCUUCGAGCUUCCAAGAAAGAUUUCAACAAAACGGAGGAUGAUUUGAAGUCCCUUCAGAGCGUAGGGCAGAUUAUCGGAGAGGUUCUUAGACCCCUUGACCAUGAACGAAUGAUUGUCAAAGCAAGCAGUGGCCCGAGGUAUGUUGUGGGCUGCCGUAAUAAACUUGAUAAAGAAAAAUUGAUUGCUGGAACAAGAGUGGUCCUUGACAUGACAACGCUGACAAUCAUGCGAGCUCUUCCUCGCGAGGUCGACCCUGUUGUUUAUAACAUGCUCCAUGAGGAUCCUGGAAAUGUUAGCUACUCUGCUGUAGGUGGUUUGUCUGAUCAAAUUCGGGAACUUAGGGAAUCUAUUGAGUUACCCCUUAUGAAUCCUGAGCUUUUCCUUAGAGUUGGAAUCAAGCCUCCAAAGGGUGUACUUCUGUAUGGGCCUCCUGGCACUGGGAAGACAUUGUUAGCUAGAGCUAUUGCUAGCAAUAUAGACGCCAACUUUUUGAAGGUUGUUUCUAGUGCUAUUAUUGAUAAGUACAUUGGGGAGAGUGCAAGAUUGAUCCGAGAAAUGUUUAAUUAUGCACGCGAUCACCAGCCCUGCAUUAUCUUUAUGGAUGAGAUUGAUGCAAUUGGUGGAAGACGUUUUAGUGAAGGAACAAGUGCUGAUCGUGAAAUCCAGAGAACACUCAUGGAGUUGCUUAACCAGCUAGAUGGUUUCGAUCAGCUUGGGAAGGUAAAAAUGAUUAUGGCAACAAAUCGGCCUGAUGUUCUUGACCCUGCGCUUCUCCGUCCUGGGCGCCUAGAUAGGAAGAUUGAAAUCCCACUGCCGAACGAGCAGUCAAGAAUGGAAGUUCUCAAAAUUCACGCGGCAGGAAUUGCCAAACACGGUGAAAUUGAUUAUGAAGCUGUUGUUAAGCUUGCAGAGGGGUUUAACGGAGCUGACUUGCGUAAUGUAUGCACUGAGGCUGGAAUGGCAGCAAUCCGUGCCGAAAGAGAUUAUGUUAUCCAUGAAGAUUUUAUGAAGGCUGUUCGAAAACUGAAUGAAGCUAAGAAGCUCGAAUCAAGUUCACAUUAUAAUGCAGACUUCGGCAAAGAUUAGGCACAAAGCUGCUGCUUCAUCAAAAGAGCCAUUAAUUAUGUUGCUAUGAUAUCUUGCUGUUCUAUUUGUUCAAACAUUUCCAGUAUCUACCACAACAGCCGAUGGUGGAAACAUUUGUAUUAAUAUGUUUUUAAAUGUGAGCAACAGUUAAUGUCUCUAUUUUUGUGUUGUUGGUUGUUAAAGAUGGAACUAAAGUUGGCACUAUUUCGUCAUUGCUGUUGUGGUUAUUUACUCACUUAUUAAAUUUGCAAUGAAAAUAUUUUAUUACUCCAUAACUGUGAUAAGGUUGCCAAGUACAUUGUGGUUUGAUGUUUGAUGUCUGAUGCCUGAUGGUAUCACAAAUGAUCU